AUGGUGGCUGGUAUCCAAACCAAAGCAGUAUUGACCAGAGUCAUGUUGAGAAAAUCAUACAAAUUGAGUGAACAGUCGAGAAUCAAGUUCCCAGUCUCCAAGAUAACAUUAAUUAUGGGAGCUGAUUUAUCCAGAGUUGAGUUUGGUUUUCAUUUUCAGCCCUUUUUGAUUGCAUCCCCUGUCCCAAUUGGGGUAUCGAUUGCUAUUUUGUUGGUCUAUAUUGGCUCGGCAUCCUUGGUCGGUCUUGCUGUGUUGGUUGCAUUUUUCAUUUUCAUGGGAGUGAUUGCCGUUUCUCUCUUCACCUUGAGGAAGCAAGCUAAUUUAUUCACAGAUUCAAGGGUCGACACAAUCAAGGAGGUGCUAAUUAAUUUGAAGAUCAUUAAAUUUUUCUCCUGGGAGCCUCCUUAUCUUGACUAUAUAUCCCAUGCAAGAAGAAAAGAAAUGAACGUUGUAUACAAAAUGCAGAUCAUUAUACACGUACUCUUUUCUUUAGCUAUGAAUACGACAUUGUUCACUUCAAUGGCGUCCUUUUUAGUGUGGUACGCUGUCGGGGGUAGUAGGGAUCCGUCAAAAAUCUUUGCUUCGCUUUCAUUAUUCAAUAUUUUGAGCCAGGAGCUCAAUAUUGUUCCUAUUGCUGUUGCAGCUGGAUCUGACACAUUUUUAGGUUUAUCUAGAGUAGGGGAAUUCUUAGCAGCCAGAGAAGAAGAUUCCAAAUUUCCUGAUGACGACGAGUCAGAUAAUCUGGAGACAAUAGAAAAGCAGAGCUUAGCUCUUGUAAUGAGACUUGCCUAUUUUGAGUGGGAUGCUGUGAAUCGCAAUGACAUCGAAGAAGCAAAAGUUGAUGAAGGAGAAAUUAAAAACAAUAAGAAAGACAAAAUGAAUGAAAAGAGGAUCCAGAAAUGCCCCCCUAAUGAUAUAAAGCAGGAAGAAGUUCAAAUCUCUGAUGAAAAUGUUUUGAACAAAGUGAUGACGAAUUUCAAAACAAAGGAGACAAUACAGUCCCCCGGUAACUGGUCAUCGGAUAAUACUUCUUCCGAAGGAAACACCUUUGAAGGAUUGAAGAAUCUAAAUCUAGAUAUCAAGAAAGGCGAGUUUGUUGUCAUUACGGGGCUGAUCGGUUCAGGAAAGUCAUCUCUUUCGAGCGCAAUGGCAGGCUUUAUGAAACGAAUUGAUGGAAAGCUCAUUAUAAAUGGAUCGCUUUUAUUCAGCGGUACCCCUUGGAUCCAGAGCACGACGGUAAAGGAGAACAUUCUAUUUGGCUCCGAGUAUGACAAAGAAUUUUACAAAAACGUUGUAUGUAGGGACUACUUUAUUGAAGAAAGGUUCUCUGAAAUCAUAUGA